CCUUAGCAACGGGUUGCCCUUAACAACGGGAGGACGCGAGCACUAGCUUUAGGUCUGAGGCGCUGGCCGAACCAUGUCGGAGAUCCUGUGCCAGUGGCUCAACCAGGAGUUGAAGGUGUCCCAGACCGUGAGUCCCAAGUCAUUUGCAAAGUUAUUUUCCAGUGGCUAUCUAAUUGGAGAAGUUCUGAACAAGUUUGAACUUCAGGAUGAUUUUUCAGAAUUUUCAGAAAGCAGGGUUUCAAGUGUCAAACUUAAUAAUUUUUCUCGCUUGGAGCCAACACUUCACCUCCUGGGUGUGCAGUUUGAUCAGAAUGUGGCCCAUAGCAUCAUCACAGAAAAGCCUGGGGCAGCAACAAAACUUUUAUAUCAAUUGUACACUGCUCUCCAGAAAAAGAAGAAAAGUGGACUAACUGGAAUGGAAAUGCAAACAAUGCAACCCCUGACAAACUUAAGACUUCAAAACAUGAAAAGUGAUUCUUUUCGAGAGAGACUUAAAAACCUGAUACCACGUCAAACUGAUUUCAAUCUGAUGCGGGUUACAUACAGGUUUCAAGAAAAACAUAAACACAUGAAAGAAGAUCUUGACUAUGUGCAUUCUCAGCAACUUGAAAGAUUUCAAAAACUCCAGGAAGAACAAAGAUGUUUUAAAAUUGAAAAGCAACGUGUAAGCAGAAGACGACAAAAUGAAAUAAUGGCCCAAAUCCAAGCAGCCAUCAUACAGAUUCCUAAACCUACAUCAAAUUGUACUGUGAAAGCACUUGAGGUACAAAAAAUGAUGAAAAAGAAAAAAGAGGCAGAGGAUGUGGCCAACGAAAUUAAGAAGUUUGAAGCAUUAAUAAAAAAGGAUCUCCAGGCAAAAGAAAGUGCAUCCAAGACUUCUUUAGAUACAGCAGGCCAGACAACUACCGAUUUGUUAAAUACUUACUCGGACGAUGAGUACAUUAAGAAAAUCCAGAGACGCCUAGAAGAAGAUGCUUUUGCACGAGAGCAAAGGGAGAAAAGACGGCGGAAAUUGUUAAUGGACCAGUUAAUAGCCCACGAAGCACAAGAGGAGGCUUAUCGGGAGGAGCAGCUCAUUCACCGGCUAAUGCGGCAGUCCCAGCAGGAGCGCAGGAUUGCUGUGCAGCUCAUGCACGUGCGGCAUGAAAAGGAAGUUUUAUGGCAAAACAGAAUUUUCAAAGAAAAACAAUAUGAGGAAAGACGACUUAGAGAAUUCCAGGAUGCUCUUGAUCGAGAAGCGGCUUUGGCAAAACAAGCUAGGAUUGAUUUUCAAGAACAAAUUCACAGAGAGAAGAAAGUUCAUGAACAGAUUGCUGUGGAAAGAGCUCAAGCUCUUUAUAAAAAGCAUUAUUCAAUGUGUGCAGAGAUUUUGGAUCAAAUACUUGAUUUGUCCACUAAAGUGGCAGACUAUCGAAUGUUGACAAAUAAUAUGAUUCCAUAUAAGUUUAUGCAUGAUUGGAAGGAACUGUUUUUUAGUGGGAAGCCCAUAUAUGAACAAGCCUCUCUUAAGCCACUACCUGCUCACCCCUCAGCAGAACAACUUGUAGAACUGGAGAAAAGGGACUUGCUAGAUAACAAUGAUUAUGAAGAAUAUAAGAACAUGGUUGGAGAGUGGACCUUACCAGAAGAAAUGGUUGAUAAUUUACCACCCUCCAAUAAUUGUAUAUUGGGCCACGUGCUUCACAGACUAUUUGAAAAAUCUCUUCCUCCUCAUCUUGAAUCAACAGCAUCUGGAUUUCCUUCCUUUGCUAUUAAAGGAUGCUUAUUGGGAAAAACAUUUAGUGGAAAAACUACCAUUCUAAAGUCUCUACAAAAAGUCUUUCCUAUUCAGAUCCUUUCUAUUGACACUCUUGUCCAAGAAGCUAUUCAAGCAUUUCAUGACGAUGAAAGAAUCAGUGAGGCCCCUCCAAUUCAGAAAGAAGAUGAAGAAGAAGCUCUACCAGUUCUGCAAGAGGAUAGUAAAGAAAGCCAGGAUCCACAAAAAGAAUUUUCAGCUGGUCCAGUCUCAGAUGAAGUACGGCCAGAAACAGAAGGUACUGAUACUGAUAAAACACCAAAAGCCGAGGAAGUCAAAUCAAGUGAUGAUGUCUCGAAACUCACUGUGCGUGCUCAGCUUGGUGAGAAAUCAGAAGAAUUGCUGAAGAAAGGAAAGAGCAUUCCUGACACAUUGCUAAUUGACAUCAUGGUAAAUGCUAUUAACGAGAUACCUGUGAAUCAAGGCUGGGUCCUAGAUGGUUUUCCAAUGACAUUAAACCAAGCACAACUACUGGACGAAGCUCUUACCGGCUGCAACAGAAACCUCGUAGAAAUGGAAAGAAAGAAAGCACAGAUAUCCACAUUGGUUGUUGAUCCUACGACUUCCAAAGAAGUACCUCUUCCCACCCCUGCAUUUGAUUUUGUUAUAUUAUUAGAUAUUUCAGAUAUUUUCUUACUGAGUCGCAUGAAUUAUGUCAUAGCUGAAGAAUUUUCAUAUAAAAUUGCUCAUGGAGAUAUCAGUCAACAUGUAGCUGCUGAAAACCAAGAUAUGUAUGUGGACCAGUAUUUAAGAGACCAGAUACAACAUAGAAUUACAGGCUUCUUGGACAACUGGCCUUUAUUGGAGCAGUGGUUUUCAGAGCCAGAAAAUAUUUUGAUAAAAGUCAAUGCUGAAAUAGAUAAAGAGUUUUUAUACCAAACAGUAAAAGAUAUUUUUACAAAUGAAAUAGUGAAAAAAAAGAAUAAAGUUGAAAAAGAAUUAGAAGAAAAGGAAGCUGAGAAAAAUGCAGCAGCCUCUCUGGCUGAGCCUACACCUCCUCCCCCUCCUCUUGAACCAGAAAAAGAGAAAGAAAUUCAUCCUCAUCAUGAGCCUUCAAAAACUACUGCUGCAAAAGGAAAACCACAAUCAGAAACCUCACAUGGUAAGCAAGAAUCUCUUCAGGAAGGAAAAGGGAAGAAAGGUGAAACUGCACUGAAAAGAAAAGGUUCUCCUAAAGGAAAAUCGCCAGGAGGAAAAACACCCGUAAAGAAAUCACCUGUGACAUCUACAGAUAUAUCACCUACUCCAGUGGUGCCACUACCACCCAAGCCAGGAUCAGAAGAAUGGGUCUAUGUGGAUGAACCAAUUCCUGAGGAACUACCUUCAUUUUUAGUACCUUACUGGAAACUAAUAGAAAAUUCUUAUAUAAUUACCAUCAAAACAGCACUCAGACAUCUGAGAGAAUACCAGAAGACUGUGUUUGUUCACUUACAUGAGAUUAGAACAAGUUUCCAGGAGUUUCUAAGGCGUCCAGAUUACAAGCAAGAUUUUGUAGCUCAGUGGCAGGCUGAUUUCAACUCUCUUCCUGAUGAUCUGUGGGAUGAUGAGGAAACAAAGGCUGAACUACACCAAAGAGUGAAUGAUCUGCGAGACCGCCUGUGGGACAUUUGUGACACCCAGAAGGAAGAUGCAGAGCAGGAGCGGCUGGACAUCAUCAAUGAGAGCUGGUUACAGGACUCUCUUGGAAUAACAAUUAACCAUUUCUUUACACUGAUGCAGGCAGAAAUGAACCGUUUCCAAGAUACAAAGAGACUCCUUCAAGAUUAUUACCGGGGAAUGGAAUGCAAAAUCCCUAUAGAUGACAACAAGAGAUUUACUCGAAUCCCAUUGGUCCAGCUGGAUAGUAAAGACGUUUUGGAAAACCAACUUAGAAUUCCUCUAGUUCCUCGAAUAUCCAUUUCUCCAGAUGCAGUUAUAAAUAAACCGAAAACAAAAACAAUACUGAAAGGCAAGAUUGAUUACUCACUAGAAAACCUAGAGUUAAACUUUGAAGCAGAUGAGAAGUUGAUAAUGGACACCUGGCAGCAGGCUUCUUUAGCAAUAUCUCACAUGGUGGCUGCUGAAAUUCAUCAGAGGCUUAUGGAAGAAGAAAAAGAAAACCAGCCAGCAGACCCCAAAGAAAAAUCUCCUCAGACGGGUGCAAAUAAAAAAGCCAAAAAGGAACCACCCAAGAAAAAAAAGGAAGACAAAAAAACCAAAGGUAAAUCAUCACCUACGGCAGAAGUUGCUCCUGUGAUAGUAACAGCAGAGGAAAUCGCCGAAGUUGAAAAGAAAAAUGAACUGAGGCUCAAAAUAAAAGAAGAACACCUUGCUGCCCUGCAAUUUGAAGAGAAAGCCACACAGUUUCGACUUGAACUGAUAAAGGCAAAAGCAUUGGCUGUCCUUGAAGAUUUAGUAACAAAGGUGGUCAAUGUAUAUAAACUCUUGGAAAAAUGGCUUGGUGAAAGAUAUUUGAAUGAAAUGGCCAGCAUAGAAAAAUUAACUGAAGUAGCUCGCUAUCACAUUGAAACAUCUACAAAAAUUCAGAAUGAACUUUAUUUAAGCCAAGAAGACUUCUUCAUUAAUGGAGAUAUAAAAGUCUUCGCAGAUCCUCCCCCACCAGUACGUCCUCCACCUGUAGAAAAGGAGGAAAAUGGCACCCUGACCAUCGAACAGCUUGACAAUCUUCGAGAUCAGUUCUUAGAUAUGGCGCCUAAAGGCAGGGAUCCUCCGGAGGAUGUGAGUCAAGUCCCUGGAAAGCAGAAAAGGCCACGGAAGCUUGACCAUUACCUCCCAGAGAGAAAUCAUCGAUUUUUGAAAAUUUGGCUAAAAAAAUAUCCUUGGCUUGUAUAUGAUGAGUUAUUAAAUCUUAUGUUCUGUGCCCUGUGUCGUAAGCAUGGAGUGAAGUCGGGGGGAAGUCAGUUGAGUUUUUCUUAUGGCACGGACAACUUUAGGACUGAAUUUCUCAACGCACAUCAUCUCAGCGAGGCUCAUGCCAAGGCUUCAUUAAGGGAAGCAACAAGUGGUUCUCCAGUGAAUAGAGCCACCACCAACCUCAUGGUGAGGACCAUGAGCAAAGUCACCCUUGGGAGAGUAGAGAACUUAUUCAGAUCAUGCCAUGCUAUUGCCAAGACUGGACGUCCCCUCAAAGAUUUUAUUUGGAUGUGCAAAUUGGAUGAUAUGAAGGGCAUUGAUAUUGGCCCAGUAUUCAGAACUAACAAAUCAGCAAGAAUAUUUACAUAUUUUAUUGCUGAAGUAGAACGGAAACAUCUAAAAGAGAAACUAGAGAAAAGUAAAUUUUUCUCUGUCAUCAGUGAUGGAAUUAUAGACAGUUUAAUCAAGGAAGCCAAAAUUGUCUAUGUGCAGUUUGCACAUGCAGGAAAAGUGCAUUGUCAAAUUGUUGGGGUACAGACAGUACAAAGGAAAGAUCCUCUGGCAAUAAAAAAUGCCAUUGAGAAAACUCUAGAGAUAAAUCUUCAACUUAGGCUGUCGAGCCAAGAGUGGGCAAAGAAACUGGUUGGUUUUGGAAGUGAUGGCACCCCUGGCGUAGAGGGAGAGAACAACAGCAUAGCCCUGCUUUUAAGAGAAAUUCAGCCAUGUGUGCAGACUGUACAUUGCUUUGCACAUCACCUUGAAUUGUCUUACAAGGUGGUGUUUCAGAGCGUUCCACUGUACAACGAUGUCAAAGACCUUCUUCACAGCAUUUAUCACUUCUAUCACAAUUCUCCUCUUCAUAAGAAUUCUCUGAUAACUGCUUUCAAAGACCUUCACCUUCGACCUGUGAUGCCUUCUCAAAUAGGAGGCAGGAGGUGGCUUCACGGAUUACACACAGCCCUCCAGGACUUUCUCAAGGGAUAUCCCGCAAUUGUCCAGCAACUGCGUUCAGCAAGCAAAGGCAAAAGUGACAGCAGUCAACAGAAAGCCAAAGACCUUCUAGAAUCCCUUCUCCAAGCCAACAUUGUUAAAUUUGCCCACUUUUUGAUGGAUGUCAUUAAUGUCCUUAGUAUUCUGUCCCGUGUCAGUCAGAACAGAAAUUCCUCAAUUGCUGAUAUAUUUUCCACCUUAGAGUCAACACUGGAAAUGCUCCAAAUGUAUCAAACAAGACCAGGGCCAAAAGAACGCAGGGUGAAUUCAGUCACAUAUUUUCAUGGUAACUGCCUCAGAGGUAAAGAAAACAUUUCUGCCAUGAGACGCAUGGUUUUAACAUGUCUUAUCAAGAGGCUGCAAGGCUGUUUCAGAGAUGCCAGCCAAGAUGUGAUGAGGGCCACCAUGAUUGGAAGCUUUAAGUUGUGGCCCACAAAGAUAAAUCAAGAAUUUGGAGAAAGAGAGGUAUCUAUCCUGCUUGCACAUUAUGAACCAGUAUUAGAAGCUGCCAAUGUGAAACUCAAUGAGGUGGACACUGAAUGGGGCAUGUUGAAAUUAGAGAUUUAUGCCAGAUUUCAGAACAUUCGAAAAUUGACUUGGGAUUUUGUAAAUUCCAUUUACUUACACAAGUAUCCAAAUAUCCUGACACUAGUUGACCUAGUCCUGACGCUUCCUGCAAGUUCAGCUGAAGCAGAACGUGGCUUUAGUCAGAUGAAACGGACCAAGUCACAUAUGCAUGCUAAAAUCGAGGAUGAAAGUAUGAUAGGAAAUAAAGCAUUUACUGAUAUUUUGCUGGAUUUGGUGACCCUGAACCUUGGAACCAACACCUUUCCUAGUAGUUGGAUGCACCUUACCCUACCUGAAUUACAGGAAUUAACAUCUCUAUUAACAGUAAACUCCGAGUUUGUUGACUGGCGGAAAUUCCUGUUAGUAGCUGCAAUGCCUUGGCCCAUCCCGCUGGAGGAGGAGCUCCUUGAGAUACUGCACAGGUUCAAGGCUGUGGAUGAGGAGCAGAAGGGCACCAUCACUUUUGAGCAGUAUAUACAGGCUGGCCUGUGGUUCACAGGAGAUGAAGAUAUAAAAAUUCCAGAAAAUCCUCUUGAACCCUUGCCAUUUAAUAGACAGGAGCAUCUCAUAGAGUUUUUCUUUAGGAUAUUUGCCAACUAUGAGAAGAAUCCACCCCAGCUUGACUACACAGAGAUGCUGCUUUAUUUCGCUUGCCACCCAGACAGUGUGGAAGGGGUCUACAGGGCCCUCAGUGUGGCCAUUGGGAGUCACGUCUUCCGAGAAGUUGAAAUUUCUAUUCCGAUUGCAGAAAAGACCUCCUCCUAUACUGAUAUGAGUCCAGUUGAGGAAUUUACUGAAUUUGAUGAACAUGUUGCAAGAGAGGAAAGGGAAUUAAAAGAGGAAAGAGAGGAAAGGGAACAAAAGAAAGAAGAAAUCCCUGAAAAUGCCAACAGUGAAAAGAUUUCCCUGGAAACACUACUCAAAGUGUUCAGAGGAGGAAGUGAAGCACAGGAUGUUAACAGAUUUGGCAGCCUUCUAAAGCUAGAGAACAUUUAUGCAGAGAGCUUCAUAAAAACAUUUCAGGACCUGGGUGCUAAGAACCUGGAGCCAAUUGAAGUUGCUGUUCUCUUGAAGCAUCCUUUUAUUCAAGACUUGAUUUCAAAUUAUUCAGACUAUAAAAUUCCUGAUAUUAAAAUGAUUCUCCAAAGAAGCGAACAUGUACAAGGAAGUGACGGAGAGAGAUCAUCUUCAAGACUUACAGAGGAAAAGAAAUGAAGAUAAAAGAGCUUGAUUUUUCUAAUUUGGCAAUGAAUCUUCCAAAAUUCAAAUGAGACCAUGAUGUCUGUCAUAUGUAUUAUUACUGUAAGUGUAGAAAUGGACCCUACUGGUUUAUGAGAGGCAUGGAAAAGAGAAGUUUUCUUAAUUCAGAAAAUAUUCUGUAAUAAACCUUAAAGAAAGAGAGCAAAAAUCCAAUGUAAGCAGGAAUGCAUUUUGAAGUAAUUCUGAAAAUAGAAAGGCCAGAACAAUAUAUUCAAAAAUAAAUAUACACAUAAGUCAUGAAUAGCCCCUGUGAGAAGUAUCUGCGUUAGGCAAAUAUAGUGAAAAUUUCCCCAAAAUUCCACAUCAGUACUGCUGUGUACAUCUUCUUCUAGCUCUUCUUCUAGUUCUUGCUCUGCAUGCAGUAAAAUUUCAAAGUUCAUCCCAGUAGCCAAGGAGAAGACUUCAUUAUUGAACUGCUAGUACAGUUAUGCUCCUGUCAUCUAUUCCUAAUUCUUUCUAUAUAAAAUGUUUCCUUCAUUGAUAGAUGUACAAUUUAAUCUUUUUACUUGGUAAAUUAGUGACUCAAAUUCAAUAAUAUUUAUCUAAAGGAAGUUUUUUUU